AUGCUGCCCGCGGCGCGGCCGCUGCUCCGUGCGCCGGGGCUGCUCCGGGCCGUGGCCGCCGCUCGUCCCGGCGCCGGGAGCCGAGCUCGCUGCGGGCCGGCGGAGCGGCCGGUGCGGCGCGGGGCCGCGCUGCCCGCGGGGCCCGACCUGCGGCACUUCCUGAGAGGGGCGGCCGCGGGGCAGCCCCGGCCCGAGCCGCAGCCGGAGCCGCAGCCGGAGCCGCGCUCAGCGCCCGGGACCGGGAGAGUGUACCUGGAGACCUAUGGCUGCCAGAUGAACGUCAACGACACGGAGAUCGCCUGGGCCAUCCUGCAGAGGAAUGGCUACAGCAGGACAAAGGAGGUGGAUGAGGCAGAUGUGAUUCUCCUCGUCACCUGUUCUGUGAGGGAGAAGGCAGAGCAGGCUGUGUGGAACCGGCUGCAGCACCUGAAGGCCCUGAAGGCGCGGCGGCAGCGGGCUGGCUCAGCACUGCGCAUCGGCAUCCUGGGCUGCAUGGCUGAGAGGCUGAAGGAGGAGAUUCUGCACAGGGAGAAGCUGGUGGAUGUCGUGGCAGGCCCGGAUGCGUACCGUGACCUGCCCCGGCUGCUGGCUGUGGCAGGGGCUGGCCAGCAAGCUGCCAACGUCCUGCUCUCACUCGAGGAGACCUAUGCAGAUAUUCUGCCUGUCCAGACUAGUGCAGGUGGCACAACAGCCUUUGUGUCUAUCAUGAGGGGCUGUGACAACAUGUGCAGCUACUGCAUCGUGCCCUUCACCCGCGGCCGCGAGCGGAGCCGGCCCAUCGCCUCCAUCCUGCAGGAAGUGAGGAUGCUGUCAGAUCAGGGAGUGAAAGAAGUGACCCUUUUGGGUCAGAACGUCAACAGCUUUCGGGACACGUCCGAGGUGCAGUUUCAGCCGGCUGCUGCCCCCGCCCUCAGCCGUGGCUUUAGCACGGUCUACAAAGCCAAAGCAGGAGGCCUGCGCUUCGCACAUCUGCUGGACCAGGUUUCUAGGAUUGAUCCGGAAAUGAGGAUCCGUUUCACCUCUCCACACCCCAAGGAUUUCCCUGACGAGGUCCUGCAGCUUAUCCAGGAGCGACACAACAUCUGCAAACAGCUUCACCUCCCGGCCCAGAGUGGGAGCACACGGGUGCUGGAGGCCAUGCGGCGAGGAUACACCAGAGAAGCCUAUUUAGAGCUUGUGCAGCAUGUGCGUGAGUCCAUUCCAGGAGUGAGCUUGAGCAGUGAUUUCAUCACUGGCUUCUGUGGAGAGACAGAGGAUGAUCACCAGCAGACCGUGGCCUUGCUGCGGGAGGUCCGCUACAACGUGGGCUUCCUGUUUGCCUACAGCAUGAGGCAGAAAACCCGGGCCCACCACCGCCUGCAAGACGACGUGCCCCCAGAGACGAAGAGGCGGCGGCUGCAGGAGCUCAUUGCUGUGUUCCGAGAGGAGGCUGCAAGGGCCAACGAGGCCAUGGUGGGCCAGUCUCAGCUGGUGCUGGUGGAGGGGCCCAGCAAGCGCUCUGCCUCUGAGCUGUGUGGGAGGAAUGAUGGCAACAUCAAGGUGAUCUUCCCUGACACCGAGGCGGCUGCGGGCGGCGGGGCCCCGGCCAGAGCCCGGCCUGGCGACUACGUCCUGGUGAAGGUGACCUCUGCCAGCUCGCAGACCCUGAGGGGAGAUCUGCUCUGUCGGACGACCCUGUCCCGCUCCACUCUGGCUCACUGAGGCUUCCCUGCUCCCUGAGCCACUAUCCAUGCUCCUGGAGGCUUCCCUGCUCCCUGAGCCACCAUCCUGCUCCUGGAGGCUUCCCUGCUCCCAGGGCACAGAAGCAGCACGUUUUCUCCAGGAAGAAAGGAGGAAGUUUGGUCAGGUGGAGUUGGGGUACAAACAGGACCCCUAUUCAAUAUGUACAUUACAAUACAGAUAAUAUAUGUAUUUGUGUUUUGGCAACAACCUGCCUCUCCUAGAUCUGUGCAAGUUUGUAGGCCAGAGGGAUGGAAGCUGUGUAUGGGCUUCCCAAAGCCAUGGACUGUGUGAUCUUGUAUUUCCCCUUGCUGUUGGGCCUGGCUCACCCUGUGGGUCUGCCCUGGGCUUUGGCCCCUCCUGAUGCAGCCUGGCCUGAGAUGUGUGUGUGAGAAGCAGGUUGCUCCAGCUGGCUCUGUCAAAUCCAGGGGCUGCACAAACUGGUAGUGCCUAGAAAAUACCCCUCCAGUAACUGCUGGAGAUACUGCAAAGGGGCAAAGAGAAGGCUGGGAUGAAUUCUUUCCCAAUAUUGGUAACUUCCCUCUGUGGAAGAUGCUUGGAGAGGCCCAGUGAGAGCCCUCUGUGUCUGUGCAGUGCCAGGUGCCUCUGAACAGAGUAUAAAAUGAUGUUGAACCUGCA